AUGGGGAGCCUUGGUCUUAAACCUAUUAACACUAAUGGCCAGAAAAAUAGCACGGUGGUCGUAAUAGAACAAGAACAAGUGCCAGCAAGUCCAGCUACGCGAUUGUUCCAUACAAAAAACCUCAAUUGUCACAUUAUUGCUAUCUUAGGUUGCACUACAAAGAUCAACCCCGAUGUCAUCAAGAAAGGACUCGAGUCUACUCUCCUCAAUCACCCUCGCUUCUCUAGUAUACCGGUGGUGGAUGAAAAGAAAUGUGUAAGGAAGUGGAAGAAAACGAAGGUAAAUGUGGAAGAACAUAUAGUAUGUCCGGAUUUGGACCCGAACAUGGAUUCUCCAGACGAAUUUCUGGAGAAGUAUACGUCGAAUCAAACAACAAUACCUUUAGACAUGACAAAGCCACUUUGGGAAGUUCACAUAUUAAACAUCAAAACUUCUGAAGCAAAUGCUAUUGGGAUUUUAAAAUUGCACCAUUCAAUUGGUGAUGGAAUGUCAAUUAUAUCGUUAAUUUUGGCGUGUACUCGAAAAGCUUCGGAUCCAGAAGCAUUGCCUACUUUACCUUCAAGUACAAAAAUUAAGGAAAAAAAUGAUGUUGGAUUAUUAAGGAGGUUUUGUUACUAUGUUUGGUUUUUGUGUAUGGUGUUUUGGUAUACGAUUGUGGAUGUUGUUUUGUUUUUGGCAACUAUUUUGUUUCUUAAGGAUACAGAGACACCAAUGAAAGGAGGAGUUGGAGUUGAGCAUAGUCUUAAGAGACUUGUGCACACAACUGUUAGCCUUGAUGACAUGAAAAUAGUCAAGAAUGCCUUAAACUUGACAAUUAAUGAUGUAGUGAUGGGCAUGGCACAAGCUGGUUUCUCAAGAUAUCUCAAUAGAAGAUAUGGUAACAAGAAUGGAAAAGGAAGCAGCAAGACAAAUAAUUUGCCUAAGAACAUUCGUCUUAGAGGAUCUAUUGUUUUUAACAUAAGACCUUCUACUGGAAUUAAAGCUCUAGCAGAGAUGAUGGAGAAAAAAUCAAAGGCAAGAUGGGGCAAUAAAAUAGGAUAUGUGUUGACCCGAUUACCCAUAAGCUUACCCGAUAACCCGUUGGAUUAUAUCCGACAAGCGAAAACCAUUAUCGAUAGAAAAAAACUCUCUCUUGAAUCCAGAUUCUCUUUUAGCGCUGCUAAGUUAACCCAAGAUAUAUUCGGAACCAAGGUGGCGGCAAAGGUGACAAGGAGAAUUCUAUCGAGCACCACGGUUUUAAUAUCAAACGUGGUUGGGCCUCAAGAAGAAAUCACAUUUUAUGGCCAUAAAUUGGCUUAUGUUGCUCCUACAACUGUUGGACUCCCAUAUGCUGUGACAAUACAUUUCCAAAGUUAUUGUAAUAAAAUGACAAUAUCAAUGGCGGUAGAUCCACAAGUGAUUCCAGAUCCAUACCAGCUAUGUGAUGACCUACAAGACUCACUUCAGAUGUUUAAAGAGGCUGUCACUAAACAAGACAUGGUAUAA